UCUAAGUAACAACUAUGUCCUCAUCUGCUGAUCCCAUUGAUUAUGAGGAUACAAAGCCAGGUUUCUUUAUGACAUCAACUAUCAAGUCCAUGCAAAUGAAAUUUCCAACAGUUAAAAAUAUCUCAACGGAAAUUUUGCUCAAGUGGCUUCAAACACCUCAAGAAAGAACAACAGUCCUACUGGUAGGCUUGAAAAAUAAAUUUAAUUAAGUUGAUGGCAUAUGCUUGAGUAUUACUACAUAAUAAUAAUAGUAUUUUAAAAAAAAUAAUAUAGUGGAGGACAUAAUCAUAGUUAUGAGCAGCCCAGCAGAAGAUGGGACAUAUUUUGAGUACUGUACCAAUACCCAGAAUGUAAGGCCAUAACAUAAAUAAAACUCAGAAAAUUAAAUCAGAUCUGAUUGAUGUUAACACCCAUGAGAGUGAUGUUAACUUCUAUGAGAAUGAUGUUAACUUCCAUGAAAAUGAUGUCAACUUCUAUGAGAAUGAUGUUAACUUCCAUGAGAGUGAUGUUAACAUCCAUGUGAACAGAGUAAGCAGCUUGAGAAUUAAUGCCUCAACUAACAUUUUAAAAAAAAUUAAUGUCUUGGAUGUUCUCCAUGGAUGAGCAUUUUAACUUUUUGAAGAUCACUUCCUCAUGAGAACAGAAGCUGGAAGUUUUUCAGACAAAAUGCCUAUGUAAGAUCCGUAAAAUAUCCUGGCCAAAGACAACUCUCGAAUGAAGAACUGGUAUAACAACUUUUGCAGAAACCAUAUAAGCAAAUUGCUUGGUCAUGUUUGUAAAAGGCCAUGAAACUCACUACCUAGGACAAGACUAAGAUGGAAAGCUCAUGGAAAACCCAAAUAAACUUGGUGCAGCACAUGAGAAAAAGAUUUGUAGAAUACAAAACCUCACCCUGCUAGAGCUGCCACAGAAGAAGCCUUCAUUUAAAAGUGCUGUUCCUUGGUCACUGCAUCAAGCACUAAUUAGCGUCUGAGGAAUGGUUUUUGCAGUUCAUAGAGUGUGUGAACAUUUUCUCACCCUAAAUCCAAUAACAUCUUUAUUAAAUUGACCUGAAAUUAGUUUAACGCUAAAUUCUAUAGUCCAUGAAAAUUGUUUGCAGAGUUUGGCCUCAGUUUCAGGAGGCACAGAAAACACGUCUUAAUGAAUGGUAAUUACCAUUGCUAAAAUCACCAUCUGGCUUUUAUUUGGGGUUCAUAAUAUAACCAUAACUGAAGGUAGGGUUGCCGGGUGUUAAAUCUUUCCCAAAAGAUUUAAAGAUUUUUUUGGUAGAUUUUAUGGCUCAUGUUUUUCUUUUGGCUGUAAGAUUGAGAAGCAAAACUUUUCUCUUUUUAUAUCUGCAAGCAUCCACAUGGUUGAAAGGAUUAUCACAUAUAUACCCCUAAUGAACCAAAACAGUUGAAGAUAUUUGAUCUUGACAGAGAUAAAUGUAAAAACAGUAGUUAAUAAAAAAAAAAAAUUUUAACGAAGCAUUUUAAAAUUUGGAUUAAAAUAAAAAUAAAAUGUGAUUGAAUUUUUGAAAAUUGAUAAAAUUAUUAAAAGCUGCUAAAUCUAAAAAGGUGAUUAUAGCAGGUACGCUUAUUUAAAAAAAAUUUUUUUAUACAAUGUAAUGAAAUGUUUGAUGUAAAAUCUUUAUCUUUACUGGAAAUAACCUAAAUGGAGGCAUAGUCUCAUAAAUAAUAUGGGAAAAUGAUUUUAGUACACAGUUUUACUAGUAUCACCUAUCAUACAACUAUACAAUAACCUUUAAAUUCCUUAGGACUUUGUAAAGACUUUUACAAACAAACACUAUAAACAAAUUUAAUAAAUAUUUAAAAGUUACUAAAUUUGUAACCUAAUUAACAUUUCCACUCACCACUGAAAUUCAAUUUACAUGACAGCUUCAGAAUCUGUGAAAUUGGAUUUUCUUUUCAAAUCUUGAUUCACAUAAGAAACCAUACAUUUUAAAACAGGAUGCUAGACAGCAAGAAGAAUUUGAUGUCAGCCAUUUAAAUGAUGCUGUCAGAGUGGACUUUCAAGACAAUAAUAUGGAAAACUUGGUUAAUUCAAUUGAGGAUAGGCUUUUAGGUAAAUAAACUUGACAACUUGACAUCACGACAAAUAUAUUCAUCAAUAUAUUUAUCUAUCUUUCUCUCUAUAGUAGACAAAGUCACCAAGUCUAGGUCCCUUUCAUUUUUGUUGGGUGAAAUGUAUUCUUUCAAAAUGAAUAUUUUGCUUUUAUAUACGUAUAUUUGAGUUUCCGCUCAUGACUGGCCUAUGUGGUCCAUCGUUCACUGCCCAAAAUAAAUAUAUAUAUAAUAUAUAUGAUGUGGUAUUGUAGGCCACGCUAUUACAAAACCAUGUUUAGCGCCCAACGGUGUGUUGGAAUAUGACCUCAGGGUUAGGGUAUCAUAGCAUGCAGCAUGAAUGGAAGGGCCUCUUAGUAUAUUUACAAGUCUACAUCUUUAGAGGGCAUUGUAAUAUUAAGCAAUUAAGGGAGUUCUCACAUUCAUCCAUUGGGGGGUUCAUCAUCCAUUGGGGGGUCCAGUCCCUUCUAUUUUAAAUAUAUAAAAAACCUUUUAACUUAUAGAAAUGUAAAAGUGUAUCUUAGACUUAGAUAGACGAGAAAAAUGGGAGCAGGCACAUAUAAGUCUUUAGAGUUUUGGUCUAGGAUUGUGACUUUUAUUUGGGUUGGAGUCGCUAAGGGAUUGUUAAUUUACCACUGGGAAUCUGCCAGAAGGCAAGUAAGCGACAUGUCUCUCUGGUCUAUCCCCACACUUUUACCUAUAGUGAGCGCGCUAAUCAGUUUUUUUAUUCAAAGUUUAAAAGUGUGCCAUAGUUCUCCGCAGCCCAUUUGGAUGCUCUAUAUUGUCCUUUUUCUUCAUAAUAAAUAGACUUUUUCUUAAGCUUUUUCUUAGGCUUUUUCUUCAACAUUUUUCUUUAGAGUUCAUAUAAAGCUAUAGCUAAAGCUGAAUUUUUUUAGUGUAUGAUAGUAAAACUGUCAGCCUCAUUCAUUAUCUCACCACACCCAUUUUGCUACAGUUUUGGACACUGCAAGCAGGGUUUUAAAAGUGUGUCCAUUAAAACAGGCAAACACACGCACACACCCUCCAGUAGCCACCACCUCACACUACUACAAUAAAUAUAUGUAUAUAUAAAUAAAUAUAUAUAUGUAUAUAUACAUAUGUUUGUAAUGUAUGCAUAAUGGCUUCUUAUAUUGUCAAAUCCAAAAAGUGUAACCAGAUUAUCAAAAAAAGUUAGCACAAUGAGUCAUACAUUUUAUUUGUCAAAAUGAAAUAUUGUUAUUUGUAAUUUAAAAAAAAAAAAUCUUUUGACUCCAUCAGCAUAUGUAUUACCUGCAUAUGCAUAUAUUUUAAAUAGGGAAACGCAAUCCGACUAUUGUAUGUUACUGCUCUUUGGGAUAUCGGUCAUCUUCAG